AUGAGUUUUCAACUGAUAAUUCUUCUUGCGCUUUGCGUUAUCGCACAAGUCACGGCAUUAAACUCUGCUGGCCCAUGGCAGAUUGUCGCCUUUUUCUACGCUUACCGAAUAAGCAUCAAUGCGUUUGGCGUUGAGGAAAACGCAAUCGCUUCACAGAGUCGGGGAAGCAUCGUGGAUGGGAGCUGCACUCUUGACGAGUUUGUAGAAUUGACACGGCAGCCCAACAAGAAUAAAAUUCCAUUUCCGAAGGGGCUCAUAGGCGAUGACCUCACACCAGACCCUUUUACCAACGUCCAAAAAAUUAGGGAUUCAGCGUACGAUGCGAGACAGAAAUUUGAUGCCAGUAGAUUGCUCCCGGGAUAUUUCGAAAUAAUACCUGGCUAUUAUCCAACUUUUACAGAUCAAUUGCAAGCACUCAGAGACUACGUUGCUGCAGCUCGUAUCUCUAUGGUCGGCCAGAUGGGCCUCAACCAAGAUUUCUUCGAUAUUGAGCCCAACUUCGUGAAUACAAAGGCUGCCAUUCAUGGGAUUUUGGAUGCGCGCCAGUUAGACUUCAACAGAAUCAACCUCGUUGAAGUAAUGAAAAUCUUACGAGUUCAUGGAAUCUCGCCAGUUAUAAGAACAGUAAUCCCUAUGGGCUCUGAACCUUAUCUUGAACUUGACACGACCUUGACAAUAAACAGCUCAACUAGCCCUGCAAUGGAUGCAGGGAUAGUUGUGAAUAGAGUUAUAGCUAGUAUGGGACUCCUGUCUGAAGAUGGGAACAUCAGAAGACAUGCAGCUGUUAUCAGAAAGUUGGAAGAAUGGAUCGGCGAUCUUAACGCUUCUUUUUGA